AUGUCCCCAAUCUACCUUCGUUCUCCGGGGACACAACCUUGCCUUUACUCUCAACCCCCUCAUUUGUUUCUAGGUGUUUCAUUCUUGUCCAGUCUGCCUAUAAUUUGCAAUAGCAUGGAUUGA